AUCCCGCCCCAAGUCAGUGGUAAACUCAAAGGAAUGCAGAUAGAGCGCUCGGCGGGAGAGGUCGGCGCGGCGGGGCGGGGGCACCGUCUCUCUCGAGCUGCGAAGUGCCCAGCCCACCCCCGCCGGCCCGACCGGGGUGGGAGGAGGAGGAAGAGGAGGGGCAGGCUGGCUCCGGCCAGGAGGUCAUGCAUAAUUCAAAAGCUCCACUUUCGGCCCGCCUCUUUCCUAGGGGUGGGAGUUUGCUGCAAACUUUGUUUAUGGGACAGUCCGGGAGCCUUGGCGGCUGCGCUCAUCUGCUUCUUCUCCGUCGCCUCCUCGCGCAGUGCGAGCGCCCGGGGCCAGCUCCGGGGAUAAAGAUGAAUCCGUCCUCGGUGCCCCCUGGGCUCCCGCCGCCAGGGCAGCAAGUCAUCCACGUCACGCAGGACCUCGACACGGACCUCGAAGCCCUCUUCAACUCUGUCAUGAACCCCAAGCCCAGCUCUUGGCGGAAAAAGAUCCUGCCGGAGUCCUUCUUCAAGGAGCCCGAUUCUGGAUCGCACUCGCGCCAGUCCAGCACCGACUCAUCGGGCGGUCACCCAGGCCCCCGACUGGCAGGCGGGGCGCAGCACGUCCGCUCGCACUCGUCGCCCGCAUCCCUGCAGCUAGGCACUGGUGCGGGCGCCGCUGGAGGCCCUGCACAACAGCACGCGCAUCUCCGUCAGCAGUCCUAUGACGUGACCGACGAGCUGCCACUGCCCCCCGGGUGGGAGAUGACCUUCACGGCCACUGGUCAGAGAUACUUCCUCAACCACAUAGAAAAAAUCACCACAUGGCAAGACCCCAGGAAGGCGAUGAAUCAACAACCCCUGAAUCAUGUGAACCUCCACCCCACCGUCACUUCCACAUCGGUGCCACAAAGGUCCAUGGCUGUGUCCCAGCCGAAUCUUGUAAUGAAUCACCAGCACCAGCACCAGCACCAGCAACAAGUUGUGCCUAGUAACCUGAGUGCACAGAGCCACCCAACUCCGAACCCACCCACGGGGCUCAUGAGUGUGCCCAAUGCACUGACCACACAGCAGCAGCAGCAACAGAAACUGCGACUUCAGAGGAUCCAGAUGGAGAGAGAGAGGAUCAGGAUGCGUCAAGAGGAGCUCAUGAGGCAGGAAGCUGCCCUCUGCCGACAGCUCCCUAUGGAAGAGACCAUGGCCUCUGUCAACCCGCCCGCCAUGAACACAGAUAUGAGGUCCAUCAGCAAUAAUAGUUCAGAUCCAUUCCUCAAUGGAGGGCCUUAUCAUUCAAGGGAGCAGAGCACGGACAGUGGCCUGGGGUUAGGGUGCUACAGUGUCCCCACAACUCCAGAAGACUUCCUCAGCAACAUGGACGAGAUGGACACAGGAGAGAAUGCGGGUCAGACACCCAUGGCAGUCAAUCCCCAGCAGACCCGCUUCCCUGAUUUCCUUGACUGCCUUCCAGGAACCAACGUUGACCUAGGGACUUUGGAGUCUGAAGACCUGAUCCCUCUCUUCAAUGAUGUAGAGUCUGCUCUGAACAAAAGCGAGCCCUUCCUCACCUGGCUGUGAUCACUGCCAUUGUAAAAUGAUGCAGCUGUGACAUUUCCUGGGCCCGUGGAACAAGGGACAGUGGGAAGCAGGUCUGCAGGUGCACCGCUCGCGGCCUCCGUACUCACACUACUUCUUGUCCACGUGACCAGCUGGUCAUUGCCUGGCUUUGAUUUAUAAGAACAUUAAGUUACACAUAGAUAAAUAUUCUCUUUCCAUUUUCUGCAAGCCUGCAUUUCUGUGACAGAUAAUGUAGAAUUGAUUAUGCAGAAUAACUUCUUAAAAGCCUCUGCUACCCUAUGGCUGAGCUUUAUAGAAAUUAGCUGAAAUUCAUAUAUCAAUUGAUUCUAAACUAUAAAAGCUGACCACAGGCAGUGAAUUCUGACAGGCAGCUUGGUCCAGGAAAUGUGCACAAAUACAUGAUUUACAGUUUCAAAAACUUUACUGGUAACCGUAGUAACAGAUGCUUUAAAACUUAUUUAACUUUAUAUCUUUAAAAACCAUUGUAUAGAUAGUAAAUUUCUGCUGCGGAAUGCAGUGCAGUUUGGAAUCCAUGGUGGCUCUGAUGUCUAUUCUCAUUCUGUAUUUACAAGGGCAUGGAGUCCUAAUGUUAUCACUCCUCGUCAUUUUACUGCAGAGCAUCCAGCAGCUCAGUCCCACACACAGAAGGGUCACUGCAGCGUUUGUCACAGGUCUUGUAUGACAGAUCAUGUGAAAGAGACCAGUUUGGUACUAAUAUGAACACUUACAAAACAAAGCUAUUUUUCAAUUGCAACUUGUAUUUUGCAAAGUGCAGUUUGGAAUUUGAUGUCUGUUUUUAUGAAACACUGUAAUUUUGUGGCUUAUGACAAAGGGCAGCCAAAUGUUUUUGAUCAAUCAUUGGAAACUAUAUAUUUUAGUCUUUUGACCUGUUCUGAAACUAUCAGGCCAACAGAGAUCUCAGCUUGAUGACAUGCAAAUUAGCUGUUGCGUUUUGUAUUCUGAGACAUUUUCACUUCUGCUUUUUGAGAUUUCAAAUGCUAAAAAUAAUUCUGUCUAUAGAACUGCUUGAAGAAUGAAGCAGAUCUCUGACUAUGAAUAUGAAAAGGCCCUGGCAGGGCAUAUCGUAUAGAUCUGUGCUUCUGAGUUGAGUAAUAUUGAUUCUCAAGUAUGUUAUCCUAGUCCUUUUGCUAAGUUGGUACAAAAAGGCAUAAGAUAUGUACUCAAUACCUCUUAUGUUACCAACUUUUUAAAUUAGCUCUUAAGGACUGAGAUCAGCAUGUUCAUUUAGCAGGCAGUCUACCUGCACUAGCAAUGAAGUCCUUAGCUGUUUAUUAUUGUGAACUGACAUUAUUUAUAAUCUAUGAAUUUAUUCUCUCUCUCUUUUUUUUUAUUUUUUUAUUUUUUACUUUUUUGAAAGAUACAAAGAAUCUGGGAGGAAAGUUUCAGUUUCCAUGAGGGUGAGGGCUUUUCUGGUUGAGCAUCUUUAAUGAGAUCCCUUUUGGUCCAUCGGAAUAUAAAUGCACAAAGUACAUUUGGUCUUGGUGGGAAGAGGCAAGUGAAAAGUCAGAGGUGAAGCUGUGGGAUAUGGUGUAAAGGCUAGUUGGUGGGAAAUGAACCAGACAUGUCAGAACCCCUCCAAAGCGAGGCAAGCAAGAUGGGUGAGAAGUGCCCCAAAGAACAAAGCAAACAUUUUCUCUCACAGCCUUUAUACCAAAAGACCCUGCUGCCGGAGAGAAGAGGUUUGGGGCGCACUUUACUGGGGAGGGGCAGAGAGGAGGAAGGGAGAGGGCUGAGACACUCUGGCGCUCUGUCUAUGUACUUGUUGAAAAUGUCAGCCGACAAGAGCGUGGGCCACUGUUGCUUCCAGCACUCUUAAGUGAUUUCUCUUUUCCUGAAAGAACCCAAUUAAUGUCCAGUUAAUUCCAUGCUCUCUCUGAGCACCCAGAGACGAGUAGGGAUUUAUGUUGCUACUAGGUUGAAAGGGAGCACUCUUUCGUUUUCUCGUUUGUCAGCAAAAAUUGCAAAAAAAGAAAAGAGUUGUACAUUCAUUCUUUCUGAUGAAAAAUCAAAAAUAAACCAAACACAAGGGACCUAACAAAACUCAACAGUGUUACUGUAUUUAAAAAUAUUUUUAUACAUGCAUUUCAGGUUAUUAAAUGUAAAAAAAAGAUACUCUUUUUUUUAAGUAGUUAAAUCAUUGAUGAUUUAUUUUACCAAGUUUUAGAAGCCAUUUUCUAAUAAGCUUGUGGCAUUAUGAAAUAUUAGAAUAAGUUUUUAGUAAAUUAGUUUAAAUCUUUUUAAUGAAUAUUGUAUUUUUCUAGAAUAAAAUAUGGCCCCUGACUGUUUACUAAUAGAUGAAGCCAGAUGUAAUUUCUGUUGUUGUUUUUAAGACCAUAAAAUGUGGCUUUUGUUAAAGAGAGCUAAAGCUAGACAUCAGAAUCAGACCUGUUUUUUUCUAGUUCUGAUUGAACCCAAGAUGUCAUGUGUGUUAGUUAGGCAAGUGCUUUGCCGCCGAGCUGCAUACCCAGCCUUAGAGCAGUCUCUCAGUGGUUCCUUAGUAUUACUGUAAGUAUAAUACUCUCUAAGGAUUCAUAAUAAGGUGCUACUCAUAAUCUAUCUCAUGCUAUAAGACAGCUGUCAAGACUAUGUAGUCUUCUUAGUCCUAAAUCAAUAAAUUUUGCCAUAUCACCUACAAAUUUUGUCAUAAAAUAGGCAACUUUUUAAAAAAAAUGUUUUCUUCUUUUUUCUUUUUCCCCGAGAAGAUAUACCUUAUUAAAGCAUUUAAAUAGUGAAAACACCGUCAUCUUGUUAACAUUGGGUGAUUUCUUAGGCAGUGUCUCACUGUAGUAUCUAGGAUGUAAGGCGUGUUUCUUUCAUCGAUUUCCCCAGUAUGUGAGAGCAUAUAAAACAGAACAAGCUAUAUAGCCUUCUGGGCACUGCUCAGCAGGAGGGAAUUUGCAGAAGGUGACUUGAAGCAAUGGAUGUGUCACUGAGUACUGUGUUCUUAUGAUGUAAUGAGAAGCAACUUCUGAAAGGACACUUUUAUGAGGAAAAAAAAGCCAUUCCAAAAAAAGGAAACUAUAGAUCAAUUUAAUUGGGAAAAUGGGUGAUUGACAGAGACCAUUUCCCUGAGUCUAUUAUACAAAUGCUAAUACUUUAACUUAAUAUUUUUUAACAUCUACAUUUUAUCAAAUGAGACCUGUGUUGUUGAUUUCUAAUCCAGUAUGUUUUGCAUACAGGAUAUAUACAGUCAAAUCCAUCAAAUCAAACCGUUUUAUCUGGAGUUUGGUACAGGUUUUAAUUCUCAAUUCUGUAUAAAAAAUAAAUAUGAUUGAACUUCCA